AUGGCCACGGUGGCGCGCACCACGGGGAACUCAAAGUCCACUUCCUCUGCAAGGAGCGCGCCAUAUCGCUAUCCCGGCGCUGCGAAUACAAGGAAAUUCUCGACGACGGGCUUGCCGUCUCCGGGAGACUUCGUCGUGCUCUCCUUUGAUCCCCAACGAUCUGUGGCUCAUCUGGACGAUCAAGCUAGACGCCUCGCAGCCCGAUUGACUUCGAAACGAUAUGUCGCCAUACCAUUCGACUAUGGCGCCGGCUUACACUCGAACUACAAACCAACGAACGAUUAUUACUUCUCGCUUGUGCGGCAAACGAGCAGCGCCCGGCCGGAUGGAUCCUCAAGCCCAACCAGUUCCAAGUUCUCCAUCCCCAUCGCACCAUAUACCGCUCCUGCUGUGAAUGCCCAUACGCCACUAUCGGCCGUCGCGCCCUUUCCCUUUUCGAAUUGCGAGAUUGAUACUGCUUCGGGGACUCUCAAGGCACGCGUCACCUCCACCCAGAGAGACCGAACUCCAGUGCUACCCCUUCUUCCUGAAGACAUGGACCGGUUGCUUACCAUACGGCGCGACCACGUGCUACGGCUUUACGAGCUUCAGCGCGGCCACCAGGCUCUUCAACGCGCCAAGGAGAGCCUACCAGAUGCCGAACGUGUCGAAAGCAUGUCCGCACAACUGACUCCCUCCCAUGCCAUCCCGGACACGAGCAAUGCGCUACCAGUCGACGACGCCAGAGUCGUGGCUGCCCUCACGUCCGCGCUUGUAGAUUACGCAGGGGAUCCUGACCUCCCCGUUGUCAAUGUUCAUUACGAUCUCGACCUCGUCGACGCCGUGGAAGACCCCCAAGAUCUACGAAGAGAAGAAGAGAAGCUCCUAGAAAUCAUGCGAGACGCACGGGCGAGGAUGGCGCAGGCGGGUAUCCAACCGCGCUACCCUUCAUACUCGACACCCUGGGAUGAUGGGAUCAUGGAUGAUCUCGAGCGCGUUAUGCAACACAGCCUGCUCGCUUUGCAUCCUGCGCCAGACGACGUGGUCGAAGCCGGCGCGGAAGUGGACGAGCUUGGUGUGAUCACCGUCGCCGAACCGCUCGACGCCGGAGAAGUAGAAGUGCUCAAAGAUGACGCGCUGGCACUUGCGGAUGAGUCUGCGCUCGUGGAGGUUGACACGCUCGAGGACGAUCCGGUGGCGGAACCUGAUGCCGACGUUGAUGCCGAUGAUCCGGCAGAUAGAGAGGUCCCGUCGACGUUGACGAGGCUGGUGAUGGUGUUGGGAUGUCAAGAGUGGUCGUGA